UUACAUAAUCCAGACACAUGACAGGCUACAUAAAGGGAUGUGAAAGCACCAUGUGGGAAAGAGUUGCAGGGAGGAGAAGAGAGAGGACCCAGAAUAUUGAUAAUAUUAAUAAUAAUAACAUCACAAAAGACCAGUAAUAAUUCACAGGGAUGGAUUUCGAUCUGCCUCCUACCAUACCUGUAAAUGGGAUCCCCUGGGAAAGAGUUCUGCCGCCCAUGCUGCCUCGCCUCGGGGGCACUUUCGGAUCUUACGCAUGGACCCCAUCUGAGCUGCUGAUCCCGGUUAAAGAGCACACAGGAGCCGCACAGGUUGUUUGUGACCAAAAUGGAUUUACUGUGCAACUUGACGUGAAACACUUCAGUCCUGAAGAGCUGAUGGUCAAAGUCACAGGCAACUAUGUUGUGGUAGAAGGAAAACACGAACAGAGAAAGGAUGGAUCUGGAUUAGUGACCCGGCAGUUUAACCGAAGGUACCGCAUCCCAAACGAAGUGGACGCCAUGAAACUUGAGUGUGCAGUGUCACCAGAGGGAAUGCUUGUUAUUUCUGCCCCUUUGCUGAAGGCUGAAAAUGCCAAAUCACCUACACACCCCGGAUCAGAAGUGUAAAGACACUCCACGGGUUUGGACAGGGAGACAAAGAAACAGAUGGACCUUCUAAUAUUUAUGUAAUCCUGUCCUAUGAUGUGUUUCUAUCACUCUCAGAAGGAUGAGCAUCGGGAGAAACAGACCAGCCUUCCUCUUGCAUGAAAGCUAGCGGGUACUAUUUCCAAAUGCCAAUUCCAAACAUACUUGACACCAAGCCAAACACCACAUUAUUAAUCCUUUUUGUUUAGCAUUUUCAUGAUGUUAAACUUCCAGGCAUAGUGAAGACACCUGAUCUGAAAUCAGAAUCCUACUCGAAUUUUCCAGCAUGUUCUAAACAUUCUUUAAGCAGAUUGCUGUUUAAAAACACUUGCACAUAUCAGAUAUUGUUAUUGUGAACUCAUGACUGUACAUAUUCCUUAAUAACUUUGUUUUGUAAGUGUUAAGUAUGAGAUAUAAUAUUCUAUAAGCUAAUUUAACUGCUGCGUUAUCAUGAAAGUCUUCAAAUAAAUAUUUUUCCAAAAUGA